AUGUCUAACUAUCGCGGCUCUGCCCUUGAGGUCCUGACCGUUGCUUUUGCGGGGGUCUCGCUCGUUAUCGUUGCCCUUCGAGCCGUUGCAAGACAUCGGAUUGCCCAAGUCUUCGAAGCCACCGAUAUCCUCCUGCCGAUUUCUCUGGUCUUUCUACUCGCUCAGAGUGCCCUCGUUCGUAUUGCAUUAUUGGACGGCCUCGGAAGACACACCGAGGACUUGACCGAUGACCAAAUUUCCCUCUUCCAAAAGCUCAUCUAUGGCAGCAAUCUCGCCUUCCAAUUAGUCCUCUCUCUUGAUCAAGUCGUCAUCCUCCUCCUCAUAAAGAGCGUCGAACCGCAACUCCCCGUCCGGAUAGGAUGCAAUGUCCUAUUUGGUUUCAUUGUCUUAUAUUCGAUUGCCGCAUUAGCCAUCCAAGGCUUUCAGUGUGCUCUUCCAGAGCCAUGGAAUGUGACUGCUGACCGAUGCAUCAAUCGCCAGGCCUUCUUCACCGGCUUUAUCUCAGCAAAUAUUCUGGUCGACAUCCUCACACUCAUUCUCCCCAUUCUCAUGGUUUGCAAAUUGAAAACAUCUCGAGACAAAAAGAUCUUUGUGUGCAUAUUGUUUGGCGCUCGGAUUAGUGUACCUGUGGUCACUGUUUUUCAAACCCUGCAUCUGCACUCAGUAUUGGGCUCAGAAGACUUGACUUGGGACAUUGUUCCCUACCAAACAUGGGUCCAGGUCAUUAUGAACCUGAGUCUCAUCACUGCUUGUCUGCCCUCACUGGGCCGAAUGAUGUGGGAAUUAUGGGCAUUCGGAUCAGGACUGAGGACGUCGGCUGUGGACAAGACGUCGGAGAGUAAAGACUUUGGACACGAACUUGGGCUGCCACAAGGCCAAUCUUGGUUUGCAGAGAAGAAAGAAGCUUCUGUGACCAUUCGAGAGGUCCGGAGUUUUGACUCGACAAGCACAGUGGAUGAGGAACAAAAGACCCAAAAGACCUUGCCAGCCCUUCCACGACGAACGACGUCUCGGUUCCGUCCUGUCCGGAAACAGGACCAUCAUUAUCGACGUCCUGCAUCACUCUCACGCGAUAAGCGCUUUCUUCCAGCAAUGGAAUUUUCUGCCCUCGACAUGCCCUCACCUACUGUCAUGAUCCAACGGCACAAAUACGAGGAGGAAGUCAACUCACGCAGACAGUUUCCUUUUCCACCCCACCCAUCUUCAAACAAACCAUCACCGCUUGCCGCAUCUCUCCCGCCAGGUCGGCUGGAAGAGCCACUGCCGGUGUAUACGCAUAGUGCACCCGUACGGGAGCCAACGCUACCUCAGGUCGCCGACACAUAUCACGAAGCCGACAUGUCGUCAAUCGACAUUGACAGCUACUACAUGAUGAACAACGUGCCUCCGCACGACCCCGGUCGAACGGAGAUGGUGUUGCAACACAUGAUUGACGAGCUGAAAAGCCAGAACAGCUCGUUUUACUCCCGCGUACAGAGCUCGGUGUACUCUGUGCCAAGGAUGCAGAGUUCCGUCUACUCGAUUUCGCGGACGCAAAGUCCGUUGCAUCCAACAGUAAGAACGCAAAGUCCAUUGCAUGCAACAGUAAGAACACAAAGUCCUCUUUACCCCGGCAAGAGCGAAGGAGGCUGGAUUUGAAGCGAACCCGGCGAUGCUGGCUCGCUACGAUCGAGGUCAUUCACACCUCGAUGACGAUUUUUGCUUAUGAUAUGCCCCAUGGUUGAUGAAUGUUACCUAUGUAUGAUUCAUGUAUGAGAUAAGGACAAAGCUCAUUCGACACGAUCCGGAGUGUAUAAAUGUUUGAAUAGAUCUUGGCAACAAGUCACAG